UAUUCUGAAGGAUUGUUUUUAAACAUCACUCGGAAGUACAGUACUUCGUCGAUGUCAAUGAUUUGUUUGUUGUCAGUAAAAUCACCAAUAGAUGAGUAGAAUAUCUUUGGUAAAUGUAAUUGCAUGUGCAAAUGUUGGCUAUCUAUAGAAAACGGGUUUAGUUUGCUAGCUAACUAGUAUAGUAUUAGCUAGCUUGCAUGCAGAUAUCAACCUUUUAGCCACGUUGUAAGCGCUUAGUGUAUAUUCUAGGCUUGGUCACUAUCUAACCUUAGCAUCAAACUCUUUAGCUAGCUAAUAGUAGCUUGUUCCAGUGGCUAUUUUUCUUUGCAAACUAUCUAUGGAUAACAUUAUUGAUCCAGCAUCAGAACAAGAUCUCCCUUCUUUCUCCUUGCGUCUCCUGGUUCCACCUCUACGCCUGAUGUCUGCUUUCAUGUGGCAAGUGGCUCAACAACGUAAUGUGAUGCAAUAUGGGAAGCUGGAGGAGUUUGUGACUUUUGUGACAGAGAUGGUUCCAGAGCUGCUGAGCUCCAGGCAGAGGACCCAACUCAUUCUAGGACUGAGAGCAAGGAUGGUUUUAGAGUUGUGUUGCAGUGCGAGCAGAGCUGACCUCCUGACCAUCCAGGCCCACCUGGACAUAAUCCACACUUUGACAGAAAAAUCCUUACACAAAGAAAGUCAUGGUGAUGAAUUGGAGGCUUCAGAUUCUAACUUUGUGGAGCUAGUCCAAACCCUGCUGGGAGACCCUUCUGAGAGGGAGCAUUUCUUCCAGGAGGUGUUUCCAGUCCACUAUGGCCCUCGGUAUGACACAGCGCUGCAGACACUGGUGUGGGAGUUCCUCUCCAGACUGGAGGAGCUGCUGCCUGUACCAGACCUCACGCAGACAACAGCGUGGCUCAGUGCUGCCCCCUCUGUCCUGGAGGAAUGUGGACAGACUGUCUUUGAUCCUGAACAACUGAAGACAGUGCUGCAGCACCAUCAGCGUCAUGGAAACCUGAACAAGAGUCCUGUCUCUAAAUACACUGCAGAUACCAUCCUGUCCACACUGUCCCUCCCUCCAAAAGUGAGAGUUGUUAUUAACUAUGAGCCAGACAACUCUGACAAUGGGAGGCAAUACUCAGAUGAAUGCAUAGAUAAUGGGGUCUGUGAAAAUGAAGACCACAAUGAAAUCCUGGAUGAAAGCACUGAUAGAUGUUUGGAGGAUCUAGGACUGUCAACAUCAGAGCAACAGGAGGGUCUGCCACCUGCAGAGACCUCAGUGUUGGUUACUCCAGUACCCUGUGAUGAAUUGAACUUGGAUCAUUCUCUCAACGUAAUGGUGAAUGCUGACGAGCCAUCCCAGGUUCUUAACUGCACUCUACCUCCAUUCUCUUACAGUGAAGUGGCUAACCUCUGCAAGGACAUCAAGACCGACCAAGUAGAAAAGGACAGCAAGCAGGUUGACAAGAAAAAAAAGGUGGUUAGAAAGGGGGACAAAAAGAAUGAGAUCAAACAGGUUGACAAGAAAACAAAGGUGGUCAGAAAGGGGGACAAAAAGAAUGAGAUCAAACAGGUUGACAAGAAAACAAAGGUGGUCAGAAAGGGGGACAAAAAGAAUGACAAGAAACAAGAGGGAUUCCCUGCACCCCAAAACAGGACUCAUACAUGUGAGUGUGGGAAGGUUUUCAAAAAACCAUCACUGCUGACGCUACAUAUGGGAGUUCACACGAUGCCAUAUCAUUGUGACCAGUGUCCCAAACAAUAUGCUACUCCUGGGGCUUUGAAAAAACACCAGUUACUUCACACAGAAGAAAGACCAUUUGCAUGUGAACACUGUGACCGGAGGUACAGGAGUGCUUAUGAUCUCAAAGUGCACGUACGCAUUCACUCUGGGGAGCGCCGUCACAUGUGUACCAUCUGUGGUAAGAGGUUUACCCAGCAGUGUGCAUUAGUGAGACACAUGCGAAUGCAUGCUGGGGAGAAGAAUUAUUUAUGUAGCAUAUGUGGUAAGGCAUUCCUUACCUCAGGAGAACUGCGUCUGCAUACACGAACGCACACAGGAGAAAACCCCCACACCUGUAAACAUUGUGGAAAGGGUUUCAAAGCAUCUUGCCAUCUUAUGGUUCAUCUGCGAUCUCAUACAGGCGAGCGUCCUUACACCUGCACCCAAUGCCCCAAGUCUUUCACUACUUCAGACGCUCUUCGAAAGCACGUAUAUACUCACACUGGGGAGAAACCUCACCAGUGCUCAGAGUGUGGGAAAACAUUUUCUCAAAGGGGUAAUAUGGUAAAUCAUAUGAGAAGAGUUCAUAAACCGGUUAAGAUUCUCCAAAAGCAGUCCAACAGAAAGACAGACAAAGUCUCAUAAAAAGAUUGAAGAGAUCGAAAGAAACCAUGUAGGAGUUAAUUCCAAUGUAAAUACUAGUACUAUACACAUGAUUUUACAGGUCCUCUUUUGUAUAUCAGAUUAUCAUACCAAAACAUGUUUUUCAAUCCAUUUCUUCAGAUUUGUCAUGUCUACACAUGACAUUCGAGACUACAAAUAAUGAUAAUGAUUUUAGAAGCGGGAUUAUGAUUGACCCAAUUUAAACGGUUUAAAAACUUCUUAGGGCUGAGAUCCUGUUAAUGGGAUCGAAUUGACAACAGCCAGUGAAAGUGCAGGGCGCCAAAUUCAAACAGAAAUCUCAUAGUUAAAAUUUCUCAAACAUACAAGUAUCUUAUACCAUUUUAAAGGUAAUCUUCUUGUUAAUCCCACCACAGUGUCCAAUUUCAAAUAGGCUUUACAGCGAAAGCACCACAAACGAUUGUUCGGUCAGAAUCAAGUCACAGAAAAACAGCAGUUUUUCCAGCCAAAGAGUGGAGUCACAAAAAUCAGAAAGAGAGAAUUAAUCACUAAUCUUUGAUCUUCAUCAGAUGACACUCAUAGGACUUCAUGUUACACAAUACAUGUAUGUUUUGUUUGAUAAAGUUCAUAUUUAUAUAAAAAAAUCUCAGUAUACAUUGGCGCGUUAUAUUCAGUAGUUCCAAAAACAUCCAAUGAUUUUUGCAGAGAGCCACAUCAAUUUACAGAAAUACUCAUUAUAAAUGUUGAUGAAAAUACAAGUGUUAUACAUGGAACUUUAGAUAAACUUCUCCUUAAUGCAACCGCUGUGUCAGAUUUUAAAAAAGCUUUACGGAAAAAGCAAACCAUGCAAUAAUCUGAGUACGGCACUCAGAGACCCAACAUGCCAAAAAGACAUCCGCCAUAUUGUGCAGUCAACAGAAGUUAGAAAUAACAUUAUAAAUAUUCACUUACCUUUGAUGAUCUUCAUCAGAAUGCACUCCCAGGAAUCCCAGUUCCACAAUAAAUGUUUGUUUUGUUCGAUAAUGUCCAUCUAUGUUAAAAUAGCUACUUUUGUUAGCAUGUUUUGUAAACAAAUCCAAAGUCACAAAGCGCAUUCACUAGGGGCAGACAAAAUGUCAAAAGGUUCUGUUACAGUCCGUAGAAGCAUGUCAAAUGAUGUAUAGAAUCAAUCUUUAGGAUGUUUUUAACAUAAAUCUUCAAUAAUGUUCCAACCGGAGAAUCCUUUGUCUGUAGAAAAGCAAUGGAACGGGAGCUACCUCUCACAUGAACAAGCGUCACGAGUUUGUGGCACUCUGCCAGACCACUGACUCAAAGAGCCCUUAUGAACCCCUCAUUUACAGUAGAACCCUCAAAAGUUUCUAAAGACGGUUGACAUCUAGUGGACGCCUUAGGAAGUGCAACAGGACCAAUAUCCCACUAUCUUCAAUUGGGAAUGAGUUGAAAAUCAACCAACCUCACAUUUCCCACUUACUGGUUGGGUUUUUCUCAGUUUUUUGCCUGCCAUUUGAGUUCUGUUAUACUCACAGACAUCAUUCAAACAGUUUUAGAAACUGCAGAGUGUUUUCUAUCCAAAUACUAAUAAUAUGCAUAUAUUAGCAACUGGGACUGAGUAGCAGGCACUUUACUCUGGACACCUUAUUCAUCCAAGCUACUAAAUACUGCCCCCAGCCAUAAGAAGUUAAACCUCCAGAUUCCUUUACACUUGUAAAAUAUGGAGAAACAAUGCAUCCCCAACUUCUCCAGAGGUUUUCAGGAAGAUUUGAUCGCAUCCGGUUCAUGAUGUCUUUUUAAUUGCCUACACUUCUAAAAAUGUGGGCACAAUCAGAAUGUUGAAGAUCAGAACGUAUGUUAGAGCAAGGUAUAAACGGGCUUGAUUCAAUCUGUAUUGCAGAAUGAUCACAGAAGAUUUCCAUUAUAGCUCGAUUAAAAUUUAAAGGCCAAGUUACUGUGUUUGCGGAGACUGCUUUCACGGAAAAUGCUGCAUAUGUCGACUCAAUCGGAAAUAACCUUUAAAUCUGAGCACAGAUCUUCUCUGAUACAGAUUGAAUCCAGCCAGUCUAUACAUUUCUCUCCCAGAUUUGCAAAACCAGUGGUGCAAAGUUUGAGGUCCAGGGUUCAAAUCCAUCUUUUCUUGUUUGUUGGGUUAUUGAGAUAUACAAUAUGACUCAACAAAUCUACCAAUCCAAGUGGUGCAUUAGGAUUGUUCCAAGACACAAAAUCAUGUUUGGACAGACAAAAUUGUAGCUUCUAAUCCUCUGUUCCUUAUUUCUUUACAUUAGGUAAUAUCAUUCAUUGAAUGAGUUAGCUGUGCCAUAAUAUUAGUGCUGCAGGACAACAAAACAAUUUCUUGCAGUCAAAGUUCAAAUAUUGUCUUUUUAUUUGAGUUGAAAUCCACUACAACAGAAAACAACACAAGGACAAACUUUCAACACUGGUUUAAAUGUAUUAAGCAUUUCAUAUUACAAUGAUGUCAUAGAUGUGGCAAAGUCAUUUCUCUCAGAUGUUUGUGGGGAAAAGUAGAACAUGACAUUCUCAUACAUGACAGCUCCGUCUGACAUGUUGGCAAAGUUUCCUCCCAAUCAUUUACACUUUGGGCUGGUUUCCCGGACUCAUCGUUAGCCUAGUCCUAGACUAAAAACUUUGUUCACGGGAGAUUCUCCAUUGAACGUUCUUCUCAAUCCAAAACUAGGUUUAAGGCUGGAUUUAAUCCGUAUCGCUGAAGAGCUGCGCCACAGAGUUUCUAAACCCAGAGACUUCCAGGGAAUGCUUGUGAAACAGACCAAGCAAACCAGGCUGGGGUUUGAGAAGUCAAUGAGAGAAGUGAAAAAUUAUUAAUUAGUUGUUCUCAAUUUAAAGGCACAACAUAGCUUCGAGACAAUAUCUUAAGUAGUUGAACAUGUUAUUACUCCAAAAUCGUAAACUAACACGUUUACAUUUUUGUGCCUUUAGAUUUGAGGCCUGCACAUGUGCAGUACGGUGUGAGACGACCGUUAGACCUGAUGACGUGUUUCUGCACAGAGCAUAGCUAGCCAAUGUCACCAUGACAUCGCCAACAAGUAUGGUCAGGGAUUUCUUUUGGAGAAGCAGUUUGCACCUACGUUACUGUCUUUGGCUGCUCAAUCGAGAUGUAAAGGCAAUGUUCCCGCGUUUGUGGAGACCACAUUCAUGGUAAACGCUGCAUAUGUCGGCCCAAUCAGAAAUGAUAAACAUUUAAACCGCACUAGAGCACUACAGAUUGAAUCCAGCCCUUAAUCUGCGUCUGAAAAACCGUUGAUUUCAGACAUGUUUACAAAGAUGGGCCCUUAAAAGACUUCUAAGAAAACCAUAUUCCGUUGGUGCAACAUUUAAGAACUGUCCUAAUAGAUGCGUAGAUUAGAUUUAUUUUUACCCCAAGAGAUUUCAGUGCAGAGUCAUUCUAGCGAACAAUGACACCCACCAUUGCAGAUUGUUCAGAAAUAGUUUUUUUAGAAACAGUUAAGAUCGGCAUUCCUGAAACAUUACUUUGUUGAAAUGUAAUUUUAUCUCUGAAAAAUUAAGCUAAUUGAUUGCACCCAAAUUGGCCAUUUAAAUGUAUAGGAUUCCAAUAAAAUUCAAUACACAAAGUACCCAACAUCCAAUUUGGACCAAAAAUAUUAAUUGGUAGGAAGAAGUUUGGUCCAGACGUUGGGUUCUUUGCUUAUUGAAUAUUAUCUGAAUCUUAUGAAUUAAAAUGGACAAUUGGAGUAAUUCUUAAUUUCUCAGAUUAAAUUCUAUUUCAACAAAAUAAUGUUUAAGGAAUGCUAAUCGUAUCAGUUACUCACUACUGAAAUUAUUUCAGAAAAAUCUGGAGAUUGGUGUCAAUCCUCUUGCGCUUUUUGAGGUGGAACGACCCUGCAUCUUUGGGCAUUUAGUGGUAAAUUGUGUCUAAUAAACACCAAAAGAUGUGGCACUUUUUAGGGUUUAAAAACCCUAUUUGUUUACGGUUUGCAUUUCGAUGUCCUCUGACCUAUUCUGACAUAUGUGUGAAUGCACUAGUCUGGGACCAAGACAUGCCACUGUAGAAGACAGAGCCAUGCAGUCAGUAACAUACACUGUGAUAAACAUUAUACUUCCAUACUUAUAACUCCACUAUCAUCGUAAGCCUCUAGUCAUUUCAACAAUACAAAAACAUCAAUGAAACCAAGCCAUCAGUGCAUGCACCAAGCUGUCCACAGAGUAGCAGGAUAAAACAAAAGUUAAUUCAUAUUACUUAUAACUAUUGUCUUUGUCAGCAUUAUGCAUUCUUUUAAAUAUUGUAAAAAUAUUGCAAUACUAUGUAGUGAUUAUUUACAAUUCAGUAAGGCAUGCUAGUCUCCGCUGUGUAAGUUAAGAGCUAUUGUUCUUGUGUUAGUGGUUUACAUUUCAGCGACACAGCUCAACCCUUCUUCAUGAUCCAAACUAGGACAUCAAUAAUACUGAAUGGAACGAGCUUUAGGUCAGCCUGUUGACCUUGACGUGUGUCCACCGGCUUAGCCGUUGUUGGGGUUCCCUGGUAUCAACUAGUCCACAACAACCUCUUAUCUCACACAGUCCUCUCCACGAGGCUGAAGAGCCACAGAGUGGAGUUCCAUCUAUUGACAGAUACAGUCCAAUAACAAUUCUCACCAUUACAAAUGCAUCACUUUUAAAGUGGCGGCAGAUACAGUGGCCCCUGUAAAGGUAUUUACAGAGCAUGUUCUGUUUUAACAAAUUAAGUACAUUCAGGUUGACCACUACCAAUCACAUUGUCUAACUUGCUUUGGUUCAUGUGAGACAUCUUUUUAACUUCAUAAAAAUGAUUAGCCAUGUAAGACAAUAGACAAACCCACAAUUCUUCAAGAGGUUACAAAUGAGAAAAGAAAACCACUCAACACAAACAAGACAUUAUCUAUAAAAAAUGUAAGUGGUAAGUACAAAUUCUACAGGCCCUUCCAAAGUAAAAGUGCAACGGUAAACUUACAGCAUACUAAAAGAUUCCAACGAUGAAAGUGAGUAACCACAUAAAUUGCAUAAUGUAACAUUUUUGCAUGUAUAAUCAAUAUGAAAUGACCAACAUUAAGAUCCUAGCUAAAUGUUUUGUAAGAUGUAUUCUGCCACCCAGUGGCAGACCAGAUUCUACAGCUAUUGACAUCAGUCACACAAAAAAACAUCACAAAACUGAUCAACAAUUAGUCACUAGACUGCUGUGUUGACAAUAAAUGGUGCAUCAGAUCUCUGGAGCAUAGCUGCCAUGACUAAAACUAUCUGUUAUAACAGCCUUUACUGUUCUUAAAGUCUUUAAAACAGAAAAAUUGUUCAAAUAAGGCAGUCAGAUAUGGCUCUGCUACACACCACAGGUCUCACACAAGGUGGCCUAUCUGUGUAAAAUAUGGUUUUCUGACCCAUUAUGUUUCUGUAACAAAUGGCCAUUAGACUUUUGAGACCUCUGUCUUUGUAAAUCAUGGUUGUCUGAAGAUAUUUUAAUUUCCUCUAUAUCGCCUGAUCUCCAAGGGACUUUCUUCAGUCUCAACCCCUACAAACAUCUGGAUUUCUUCAUGGUUGUUUAGUUAAGUCAUCACAUGACUGUGAUUGUGCACCAUUCGCUUGCUAUAUGAUGGUAACAGGGUGCUAGGUGGUGUUAAUAUCAUAUUUCUCAUAUCUACUCAGGCGUGGUACUCAAUCUUCGAGAGGAGAUGGAGAAAUGCACAGAGGUGAGGUGAAAACUUAGUUUGAAAUUGGGCCUUCUAUACCUCAAAAGAUGCUAUGCUUUUCAAACAGUCAUGCAAGGACAUGGUUGAGCUCUCCACCAGUGGCAGAACAGCCAAAACGAGGCAAACACUCUAAAUCCUGUAGUCUUGACAAAACUGUUGGGGGUCUCUGUUCUUGUGGAAGAUGGAGAAAACUCAGCAGAGAGAAGUAAGGAUGGCAUUGUGGGAGGACAGAGUGAAGAUCAGAGGAGGCUAGUGGGAUGAGCUGCCGGCGCAAGUGCUCAUUGUAAUGGUUGGUACCAUUCCAGCCAUUACAUUGAGCCCGUCCUCCUAUAGCUCCUCCCACCAGCCUCCUCUGGUGGAGCUCCAAUGGAGAUGAUAAGAGAUGAAUCCUCCAGGGGAGAAGCUGACUCAACUCCAGCAGAGGGUCACUGAUAGUAGCCAGCAGAAGGUAAAGGUCAGGGGUCAGACGUAGAUGCCUUCAGGGUUGAGGCCUGAAGAUACUGGACUCUGCAGAGUCCGGAGGUCACUGGGGAGGAGGCGGGAGGAGCCCAGCCGUUUCAGCGAGCCUGAUUGGAGGUCUGGAGAGGGGAGGAGGAAGUCAUCAAAGUCUACAUUAAGUAGUAUUUUUUAUUUUAAAUUAUACUUCUUUACUUUCAGGUUGAGCAGUUAGUGUGUAGAUUGGACUGUGGCGUGACAAAACGUAACAUUACUAGCCAAAUAAAGAGUUUUACAAAAACCUGACAUGGUGUACUAACUCCCACUAGGGGGUAGUGUUGGAUAACACAAUGUUUGAAAUGUCUGAGCCAAGAUUGGGCAAAAACAUUCUGACCAGGAUGCUUUGUAAUGCUUGUGUGUACCGGUCUUAUUCUUCUGGCCAUUGGGCUGGGCUGGUAGAACGGGACCUUGGUGCCCGUCUGAUGGAUGAACUGCUGAAGGUUCACCUGUCUCAGCUCCCUGGUCAACUGCUCCAACUCCUUCUCCUUCUCCUGCAACAAACAACCACUCAACUAGUCAUUUACUUGCCCUGCAGUUUCUACUGUCAGUUCCACUUCCCUGUAUACUUGGUUUGUCCACUGAUGGGGGCCCGCCUGGCCACUCACGCCUAACAAGCAACUUUAUAGAUUCAUACGAUGUUUAAAAUAUUAUACUUUUCUCUUGUGGAAUGUUAUUCCUUUACAUUUAAGGCUAUUUGCAGGUGGAAUUGUUGCAUUGAGAAGAACCUUUAAAAUCAGACAGUUUACCGUUACAUCCAUGUUGCAGGUUGUUAAACCCACUAAUAAAGGAGCAGUUUUCCAGGGCCCAGAAAGGAAGUCUGGUGGAGUAGAUCUGCAGUUCUUUUCAGGCCUCAACAUCACCAGUUGUAUAUAAAACUCACCACCCGAUUCUUUAAAAAUACAUUUUUACCUCACGCCCACACUGGUUG